GCCAAGCAGCCACCGCCAUGGCAGAAGGGGGCAAAGGCUGCCCUCCAGCGCCGAAGAAAUGUGAGGUAUAUAUAGAGAGCAAUUGUGGAGCCACUCAGAUUAAUCCAUUGGCAGAGGGUGAAAAGAAUUCUACAGCUCCACAGCUGGCGUUUACAGAAGGGAAAGCCAAAAUGAAGAGGUUGAUACUCACGGUCAUACUCUAUGGAGCGCUGUCUUCUGCUCUGCCCCUCCUGCAAGAACCAGCUGCAGCAAAGGACUUGGAGCUUGCCAAGAAAUACAUGGAAAGAUACUAUCCUGAAUCACCAUCAAAACCUGUCAUAAGAAGCAAGGGCAUCAUUGACACAGAAAAAAUACGACAAAUGCAGGCAUUUUUUGGGUUAAGUGUGACAGGAAAACUCGAUACAGACACUUUGGAUGCAAUGAAGAGACCCAGGUGUGGGGUGCCUGAUGUAGAGGAAUAUAACACCUUUCCCGGGUCUCCAAAAUGGGAAAAGAAAGACCUGACGUAUAGUAUUCAAAACUACACACCAGACAUGAAUCCAGCUGACGUAGACCAUGCAAUUGAGAGAGCCUGGAAACUGUGGAGCGAUGUGACCCCACUGACCUUCAAAAGGGUUUAUGGAACUUCUGCAGAUAUAGAGAUCUCUUUUGCUGCUGGACCUCAUGGAGACUUUAUCCCCUUCGAUGGACCAGGUCAGCAACUGGCUCAUGCAUUUUCACCUGCAUUUGGUGGAAAUGCCCAUUUUGAUGAGGAUGAGAAUUGGACAAACGAUCUGAAAGGAAUCAACCUUUUCAUUGUGGCUGCUCAUGAGUUUGGCCACUCCCUGGGUCUUAGGCAUACCAAUGUUUUGGACGCUCUGAUGUUUCCGACCUACCAAACAGUGGACCCCCAAAACCUAAGGCUUCAUACGGAUGACAUCAAUGGCAUACAGUACCUUUAUGGAACUCCUGGAGUUGAUAAUGAUGAUGACACAUCAGGAAACUCCCCAUCGCCAACAAAUAUUCCACCAGAGGAGCCCUCAACGGACAUGUGUAACCCCCAUCUGGCCUUUGACGCUGUUGCUAGUCUACGAGGGGAGACAAUGUUCUUCCAAGGCAGCAUCUUCUGGAGGAUGAAUCCUCUGAGACAAGGAGUUGAGAAAAGUCCUAUUUUUGCUUUCUGGCCAACUUUGAGCAGUGGCAUAGAUGCUGCUUAUGAAAAUGAAGAUGCUGACACAGUCUUUCUAUUUAAAGGAGAAAGGUAUUGGGCUACCAAGGGAAAUAUUAUUCAGCCGUAUUUCCCUAAAAACAUCCAUACUCUGGGCUUCCCCAGAAGCGUGAGGAAAAUUGAUGCAGCUGUUUAUGAUGGAAGGUCAAAGAAAACCUAUUUCUUUUCAGGACACCACUAUUGGAGAUAUGACGAAGUGAAGAAUUCCAUGGAGCAAGGCUAUCCAAGGAAGAUAACAGCUGAUUUCCAUGAAAUUGGCCCCAAGGUGGAUGCAGCAUUCCUCCGCCAUGGGCAUUUGUAUUUAUUCAGUGGCUCAAAGCAGUAUGAGUUUGACAGCAAAACCAAAAGAUUUCUUGGCAUAAAGAAGAGUAAUAGCUGGCUUGGCUGCUACUGAUGUGAGAAUAAAAAAAAGACGUCGUCAAGAACAACAAACUUCAGGCUUCGUUGUGUGUCGAGCAACAAAUGAUAUCUGGGUUGCGCAGAUCUGUCCUGUAGUUUUGAGCCAAAGAUAAAAUCCAGACACUGAGGAAUAUUUUCAAGAAGAAGAAAGGCUCAGUCAACAAAUAUUUAAUAUAAAUUAUUACCUCAAAUUAUUUGCUAAUUUCUAUGU